GGCGGCGGCGGCGCUCUCGGCUCCUGUGGACGCGGGCGCAUGUGGGUUCUCCGCGCGGUGCUGAGGGCCGCGGCCGGGCGCACCAUGUCGCAGGGGCCCGCCAGCCACCCGCGGCCGCCCAAGGACCUGCUGCGGCACCUGCGCACGCGGGAGAAGCGCGGCCCGUCGUGGGAGCCCGGGGGCCCGAACACCGUGUACCUGCAGGUGGUGGCGGCCGGCGGCCGGGACGCGGGCGCCGCGCUCUACGUCUUCUCCGAGUACAACCGGUAUCUGUUUAACUGUGGAGAAGGCGUCCAGCGACUGAUGCAGGAGCAUAAGCUGAAGGUUGCCCGUUUGGAUAACAUAUUCCUGACCCGAAUGCACUGGUAUAAUGUUGGGGGCUUGUGUGGAAUGAUUCUUACUUUAAAGGAAACUGGGCUUCCAAAGUGUGUGCUGUCUGGGCCUCCACAAUUGGAAAAAUACCUUGAAGCUAUCAAAAUAUUUUCUGGUCCAUUGAAAGGAAUAGACCUGGCCGUGCGGCCCCACUCUGCACCGGAAUACAAAGACGAGACCAUGACAGUUUUCCAGGUCCCCAUAUACAGUGAACGUAGUGUUCGAGACCACAAACCGGAGCGGAUCCUCCAGCAGCCCCGGAGCAGGCUCAGCCCACAGCCGUCUGCAGACUCUGGAGCGACUGAGAGUGAGCAGCCCCUUCCAGACGGUGUUAGUCGGAAAGCAGGCAGCCGGGACCCUUCAUUGGUUGUGGCGUUCAUCUGUAAGCUCCACUUGAAGAAAGGAAACUUCCUGGUGCUCAAAGCAAAGGAGCUGGGCCUCCCAGUGGGCACGGCCGCCAUCGCGCCCAUCAUUGCCGCGGUCAAGGACGGGAAAAGCGUCACGUACGAGGGGAGAGAGAUUUUGCCUGACGAGGUCUGUACUCCUCCGGAUCCUGGUCCUGCCUUUGUUGUGGUGGAAUGUCCAGAUGAAGGGUUCAUCCAGCCCAUCUGUGAGAACGGCACCUUCAAGAGGUACCAAGGGAAGGCCGAGGCUCCCGUGGCCCUGGUGGCUCACCUGGCCCCCGAGGCGGUGCUUCUGGAUGGGAGGUACCAGCAGUGGAUGGAGAGGUUUGGGCCUGACACGCAGCACUUGAUCCUGAAUGAGAACUGCACAUCGGUUCACAACCUCCGCAGCCACAAGAUCCAGACGCAGCUCAACCUCAUCCACCCAGACAUCUUCCCCCCACUCGCCAGCGUCCACCCUAAGGAGGACGGUGCCACCUGCAGCGUGCCCACCGUGCGGGGCGAGUGCCUGCUCAAGUACCAGCUGCGCCCCCGGCGGGAGUGGCAGAGGGACGCCACUGUUACCUGCAAUCCUGACGAAUUUAUUGCUGAGGCCCAGGAGCUCCCCAAUUUCCAGGAGAGUGUGCGGGAAUACAGGAAGAGCAUGCAGGACAGCCCAGCCCCUGCAGAGAAAAGAAGCCGAUAUCCAGAAAUCAUCUUCCUUGGGACUGGGUCCGCCAUCCCCAUGAAGAUUCGAAACGUUAGUGCCACUCUCGUCAACAUGAGCUCGGACAAGUCUCUCCUCCUGGACUGUGGGGAAGGCACGUUUGGGCAGUUGUGCCGCCAUUACGGAGAUGGCGUGGACAGGGUCCUGGGCACCCUCGCCGCCGUGUUUGUGUCCCACCUGCAUGCAGACCACCACACCGGCUUGUUAAAUAUCUUGCUGCAGAGAGAGCGAGCAUUGGCAUCGCUGGGCCUGCCCUUUCGCCCUUUGUUGGUGGUGGCCCCCACCCAGCUCCGGGCCUGGCUCCAGCAGUACCAUAACCAGUGCCAGGAGAUCCUGCACCACGUCAGUGUGAUUCCUGCCAGAUGCCUUCAGAAAGGGGCCGAGGGCUCCAGUCCCACAGUGGAAAGAUGGAUUGAGUCGCUGUUGGGAGAGUGUGGUUUGGAGGAGUUUCAGACCUGCCUGGUGCGGCACUGCAAGCACGCAUUUGGCUGCGCGCUGGUGCACACGUCCGGCUGGAAGGUGGUCUACUCGGGGGACACCAUGCCCUGCGAGGCCCUGGUCCACAUGGGGAAAAAUGCCACCCUCCUUAUCCAUGAAGCGACUCUGGAAGAUGGCUUAGAAGAGGAAGCAGUGAAGAAGACGCACAGCACCACCUCCCAGGCCAUCGGCGUCGGGAUGCGGAUGAACGCAGAGUUCAUCAUGCUCAAUCACUUCAGCCAGCGCUAUGCCAAGAUCCCCCUCUUCAGCCCUGACUUUAACGAGAAAGUUGGAAUUGCCUUUGACCACAUGAAGGUCUGCUUCAGCGACUUCCUGACAGUGCCCAAGCUGAUCCCCCCGCUCAAAGCCCUGUUUGCCGGCGACCUGGAGGAGAUGGAGGAGCGCAGGGAGAAGCGGGAGCUGCGGCUGGUGCGGGCGGCUCUGCUGUCCAGGGAGCAGGCAGGGAGCCCCGAGUGCAGGGAGCCCCAGCAGAGGACGACCCUGGCAGAGGAGCCCGGGAGCCCCCAGCGCAAGAAGGCCCGAGUGGAGUGAAGGCUCACGGGGACCCUGACCUGAGGCCUGCGCGUCUUGCACUCUGGGUGGGGGCACCACCACGUGCCUCCCUGCCCGCUUGGAGCCAGAGUGUGUAGUUCAUCCAGGAACAGGUGGGGGUGAGACUGUCCAAGAAAGCUGCAGACAGAAGUGGGGCUCGAAUGUAACAUCAUGCAGUAAAGCAGAGGGCAGCACCCCUCCCCCUGCUCCUGCCAUCGUUUUCCUGCUGAAUCCUGGAGUCACGCCAAGGCACGGGAGCACUGGGUUUUAGAAAUGAACUCUAAAUGUCCAAGACUCAAGCCCAGUAUCUCCAAGGAGACCAGACACCAUAAAGAUUGUCUUUGGAAUCCUGAGUUUCCUCACUUCAUCCCGGUGCCACUUAUAAGCCAGGUCCUCCUGGAGCUGCAGCAGGGCCUGGGAACCGGCUCUGGGCCCAGAGGACGGGCAUGGAGGCGGUGCCGAUGUGCUGGGUCAAGGCGAAUCCUCCUGCUGCUCCUGGCCAAGAUGUAGACACAAUUGAUGUGCUCUUCCUUGCCCCAACAUGAUAAAGAGAAUCACUGUUUGCCCUUGAAAGUAUUGAGAAUUUGGCAUUUAGAAACAGACUGUUGCUCAGUGCUUAAUAACAGAUAAUUCUCAAAGAUGAAUCUGGUACUUUCCAUGUAUUCUCCCUUCCCAGGAGAACACAGCAAGAGCUUCGAAAACUCAGCUCAAGAGAGACUUAAAAGACCAAGAACGUGGCCUUCCCCAAGACGCAGCUCCCGAGAUUUAUUCCUGUGCCCUGUAAGUUUAUUGUUAAAACAAGAAGCUAUGCCAUGCUCAGGGAUAAUAAAUCUAUUUUAAUAACAUUA